UUGUUUGGUGGCGUGUGGCCUCGGGCGAGGCUGGGUCAUUUAUCCGGGGACGCCCGGAACCCCGGCCAGGCUGGGGCGAGCGAGGGGAGAGCGGACAUGGCGGAGGAAGAGGCCGAUUCCGUGGAGACCCCCGAAAGGUCAGGAUGGCUGACGGGGUGGCUUCCCACUUGGUGUCCGACAUCUUCGUCCCUGCUGAAAGAAGCUGAGGAAAAGAUCUUGAAGUGUGUGCCCUGUCCAUACAAAAAAGAAUCUGUUCGUAUAUCCAGUGGAAAUAAAAUAUGGACACUAAAAUUUUCUCAGGAUAUUGCACAUAAGACUCCACUUAUCCUCCUCCAUGGCUUUGGAGGUGGGGUUGGACUCUGGGCGCUCAACUUUGGAGAUCUUUGUGAAAAUAGGCCCGUAUACGCUUUGGAUCUUCUGGGCUUUGGGCGGAGUAGUAGACCCCCCUUUGGCGGUGAUGCGGUAGAAGCCGAGGACCAGUUUGUGGACACAAUUGAAGAAUGGAGGUGUGCUCUAGGUCUGGACACAGUGAUCUUGCUUGGACACAAUCUGGGUGGAUUCUUGGCUGCUGCUUAUUCACUGAAAUAUCCAUCAAGGGUAAAGCAUCUUAUCUUGGUAGAGCCAUGGGGCUUUCCAGAGAGACCUGAUAAUGCUGAUCAAGAUCGGCCAAUUCCAGUGUGGAUCAAAGCCUUGGGAGCUGUAUUGACCCCUUUUAACCCAUUAGCUGGCCUCAGAAUUGCAGGACCCUUUGGCUUAAGCCUUGUACGGCGUUUAAGGCCUGACUUUAAGAGAAAGUAUGCUUCAAUGUUUGAAGAUGAUACCGUGACAGAAUAUAUCUACCACUGUAAUGUACAGACACCCAGUGGUGAAACUGCUUUUAGAAAUAUGACUAUUCCUUAUGGAUGGGCAAAAAGACCAAUGCUCCUGCGAAUUGGUAAGAUGGACCCAGACAUUCCAAUUUCCGUAAUCUAUGGAGCCCGAUCUUGCAUAGACGGCAAUUCUGGCAAUACCAUCCAGUCCUUACGGCCACAUUCGUAUGUGAAGACUAUAGCUAUCCUUGGCGCGGGACAUUAUGUGUAUGCUGACCAACCAGAAGAAUUCAACCAAAAAGUGAAGGAGAUUUGUGAUUCUGUAGACUGAGCCCAUUCAGAUCAUGCCGGACAGACCUGGUGACGGAUGCAGCUCCUCCCUGAUAACUUAGAAAAUGUGAUGAAUCAGGAAACCAGCACAAGAAACUGAGCGGCACUCUUGUCUCCUGCUUUGCACAUUUGGCAUUUCUUCCAAGAAGUCACUUGCACGUUUAUACCACAUAGUGCCUUUUGGGAUGGAAACCCCUUUUUAAAUAGAAGUUCAUUUUAAAUACGUGCAGAAAUCUCAGAAACUAAUACCUUUAAAUAAAGGGUUUCUUGCCUCCCUGAUAUAGUGGAAAUAUUGUAAUUUUUUAACUGGAAGAUUUUUUUCAGAUAUAACUUUGCUAUAUUGAGUACAUUUAAUACUGGAAUCUACUUCUCCACUAUGAAGACUUUGCUCCAUCGUUGUGUUCUGUAUUAUAAAGGUGCAAUUUCUUUGAUUUAUGUCUUCAUAUGAUUAACAUGUGUUGGCCUCUGGGUUAGCCAUGCCCCUUCUCAACAUGUGGGGAGAAAUAGCAAAUUUUUGUAUCAGAAGUUCCCACAUGGUCCUUGAUGGUGUCAUGACAGGCCGGGAAGCUUCUUAGGGGAGAGAGAGAAGGAAGGGGCCAAGAGGAAUGAGCAUUGGAUGGGAAGAAGCCAAGAGCUAAGGCGCCAUGUUUCUUAUUUCCAGGCCAGUAGGGCAGGGACUUUGCAGGUGCCCAUUUCCUUCAAACUUGCUGAGUCCAUUGUGAGCAUAAUUGUUUGUUGCUUAGCUCCUCAUAAAACUUGUUGUUUAAGACAUGAAUGUUAGCACGUAGGAAAGGCACUGGAGCUUAGUGGAAAGAGCCCUGGACUUGGAGUCACGGGGACUUGGGUUCAAAUCCCAUUUCCAGCAUUUUCUAGCUGUGAUUGAACAAUUCACUUAUUCUCUCUGAGCCUCAGUUUUCUCAUCUAUAAAAUGGAGAUUAUUAUAAUAGCACCUCCUUCCCAGGACCAUUGUGAGGAUCAAAUGAGAGGGUGUGUAAAGUGUUUGGGAAACAUUGGAAAGUGCAAUAUAAAUUUGUAGUAUUAUUAUUAUUAUGUUUCCCUAAUAGCAAGGGUUUUCAUACUUUAAUGCUUUGAAGGGCUAAAUGAUUUACCAAUACAACCUGUCUUUGUUAUAAUUAGAUCCUUAUAAGAUAUUGCAUUAAUUAAUGGGCCCAAACUGCCUGCUCUGUUCCAACAACUGUUCUCAGCACAGAAGGUUUUCUUCACUUGGAAUAUCAAGGCAUCCGUCUUAAAACUACAGCCUUAUUAUAGUAUUGUAACAAAUGAUACCACAUUUUCAUCAACAACUCGUAGUGUAGCCCUGAAAAGUAAUCAGCGAUUUUUGUAGUGAAAACUCAGGGUGUGUCUAAAUUUUUUUUUUAAUUUAUAAUUAUAGCACUGGAAAACUUUUAAAAAUUUAUAACUAUACAUAGUGUGUUAUGUGUGUGCAUAUAACUCUCUAAACACACACACACACACACACACACAUUUUUAAAACCCCCAAACUUGAAAUAACUGCCGUAGAUGAUGAUACUUUCUUGCUAUGAUUUUUUUUUUUAAAUCUUCCCAUUGAAACUGAAAACUAAGACUAUGUAAUAACUGGUUGCCAAAAUAUCCCUUAAUGAGAAACAAAAAAACUGGGAAAGAGUUACACUAGAUGAGAUAUUUGGGCUUCACUUGUAUGGGGUAUUAAGCUUUUAGGAGAGGCAAAUUUAAAUAAAGACUUGAAAAAUACAGCAAGUGAUGCCUUAAUAUGUUUAAUCACAGUUUUUAAUAAUAGUUAAAUGUUGGGUCGUACCUCUUAGCAAACAGACAAUUCUGUUUUCCAGCAUUAAUAGGUGAAUUUAUUAAAGGUUAAUUUGAAGUAUAAUGAAUACCUUGGUGAUCAAUGGUUCCUUCCAAGUAGUUGGGUGCAAGAAGGUUCAAGGAUGACAUUUUGUUUUCAAGAAGAAUUUAACAUAGGAUGAUUAUUUUAACUGUCAUCUCAGAUCUUCAGAUUACCUUUUACAGUCUUGAAAAGAUUCUUGUUUUUUAGGUUUUUGGCUUAUUUUUAGGACUUAAGGACAGUGCCAAAAAAAAUCAUACUUUAUUAAACUUUGCUGUGUGACAUCUCUUGCUAGUUAAAACUAUAGUUAUAAAAAUUUUGGCACUUUGGAGUGAAGCCACGUAUCGCCUUUGAGGUCAGGAACUAUUUGACAUUUGGGGACAUUUAUUCCUGGAUUACUUGUUAAGUGGAAGUGAUUAUGUGCAAUUUGGUAAAUUUGUUUUAACCUUUUGAUGUUACUUUAAACUUAUCCUAUUUGCUAAUGUAGAUAUAACCAAUUACACAGAUGCAUUUUUGAUUCCCUUCAUUUCUUCUGCGUGCUAACCACUUAAUGAUUUUCAAAAAAUUGUAGAAAAUGUGAAGAGUGUAGGACUGGAGAAGUGGAAAUGUCCUGGUUUUCUAAUAUAUUUUGUCUCAUUAAAUUAAGUAAAAUUUACCCUAUUAAAUAAGAUCUGAUUCUGUUAUCUAAAA